AUGGAGAAAAAGUUUAAUGGCAAAAAGGGUGGACCUCCGACGGACAUGACAAGUCAACCACUGUCCAACAGCAGGCGCCACCAGUCAGAGGACGUCCAACAGCAGGCGCCACCAGUCAGAGGAGACGUCCAGCAGCAGGCGCCACCAGUCAGAGGAGACGUCCAACAGCAGGCGCCACCAGUCAGAGGACGUCCAACAGCAGGCGCCACCAGUCAGAGGAGACGUCCAGCAGCAGGCGCCACCAGUCAGAGGAGACGUCCAGCAGCAGGCGCCACCAGUCAGAGGAGUCCAACACGUCAGUCAGAGGACGCAGCAGGCGCCACCAGUCAGAGGACGUCCAACAGCAGGCGCCACCAGUCAGAGGAGACGUCCAGCAGCAGGCGCCACCAGUCAGAGGAGACGUCCAGCAGCAGGCGCCACCAGUCAGAGGAGACGUCAGAGGAGACGUCCAACAGCAGGCGCCACCAGUCAGAGGAGAGGCAGCCACCAGUCAGAGGAGACGUCCAACAGCAGGCGCCACCAGUCAGAGGAGACGUCCAACAGCAGGCGCCACCAGUCAGAGGAGACGUCCAACAGCAGGCGCCACCAGUCAGAGGAGACGUCCAACAGCAGGCACCACCAGUCAGAGGAGACGUCCAGCAGCAGGCGCCACCAGUCAGAGGAGACGUCCAGCAGCAGGCGCCACCAGUCAGAGGAGACGUCCAACAGCAGGCGCCACCAGUCAGAGGAGACGUCCAACAGCAGGUGCCACCAGUCAGAGGAGACGUCCAGCAGCAGGCGCCACCAGUCAGAGGAGACGUCCAGCAGCAGGGGCCACCAGUCAGAGGAGACGUCCAACAGCAGGGGCCACCAGUCAGAGGAGACGUCCAACAGCAGGGGCCACCAGUCAGAGGAGACGUCCAACAGCAGGGGCCACCAGUCAGAGGAGACGUCCAACAGCAGAUGGACGCGCCUAGCCAGCAUUACACAGUGGGAGGAGCCAGCAGAAGGUGA